AUGCCACUCGUCGACAACAAGCUCUUCUACGAUCCACUGCCGGAGCGGGGAUUUCAUCACAAGAUUCUGAAGGUCACGGCGCCGCUGCUCCUGGGCCAUCGGCCUGCUAUUCACAGCUCACUCAUCCAGAUUCUCACGACCAUCGCCACCGUGGUCUACCUCUUCUACCCGAUCAACAGGAACAAGGUAGCCGCUCCAGCAGGUUCUGAGUCUACCGCGCCGCUCAGGGCGAGCUGGCCUAGUCUCCAGCUGGUGCAGACGUGUAUCGUCCUCCUCACCCUCUUUCUUGUCUUGAUCAUGGCCUUGAUCCUGUACGCAGCCAAGGGCCCCAUUCAGAGAGACUUUGUAGCUCGCGCAAAACUCUUCGCGGUUCUGUUCUUCUGCAUCGCUUUUCUUGAUGUUGCCCAGUACGUCCUUCACCACCUCACCGGACCUCAUCUGAUAUAUAUCGACAGAGUCGCUUUGACUUAUGCGCUACUGCCUCCCUCUCCCUCGGGCAAUUACACCCCGCUCGACUGGACGGUCGUCAUCGCCACCAACGUCUUGCUUCCGCUAUCCUCCUUUACUCUUUCCAUCGCCUGGUUCUGUGGCCGUAGCCAACCGGUCGAGACUAUCGACGAGGAAACAUUCGACGAUAGGACAUGUCUAGCACCUGUUCUUCUCUAUAACUAUCACUCCUCCGGCACGAGCCCGCCUAUAAGGUCCUUUGCACGAGGUCCGACCAGUCCCCACGAUAACGAGGCGCCUCAGCCCAACGGGACGGCCCCGCCCAGUGAUCCGGUCUCGCUCAACAGGUCGCCCCGGCGCUUGAGGCUUCUUGUCGAGCAACAGCGAGCUCAAGCAGCUCCUCGAACGUGA